AUGGGGAAGCUUCUUCUGGGUGUAUUGUUCUUCUUGGUUCUCUCAGAAGGCAUGACACAUUCAGACCUAAGAGGGAAGGUGUUUAUUUUUCCUCAAGAAUCAAAUACAGCCUAUGUGUCCCUGAUCCCAAAUAUGAGAAAGCCACUGAAGAGCUUCACGCUGUGUCUGAAGGGCUUCACGGACCUCACACGGCCUUACAGCCUCUUCUCCUACAACACCCGGUCCCAGGACAACGAGCUGCUUCUCUUUGUGAACAAAAUGGGAGAGUAUGGUCUCUAUCUUGGCAAUGCUGAGGCCCUUUUCAAAGGUCCCCAGACAUCUUAUGGUCCGAUCCAUCUCUGCGUCAGCUGGGAGUCUGUCUCUGGGAUUGCUGAACUCUGGGUGAAUGGAAAACCAUUGGGGAGGAAGGGAGUGAGGAAGGGGUACACUUUGGGGGCAGAGGCGAAGAUUAUCCUGGGACAAGAGCAGGAUUCCUAUGGAGGAGGGUUUGAUGCAAAACAAUCCUUUGUUGGAGAGAUAUGGGAUGUUUCUUUGUGGGACCAUGUGCUUCCCCUAAAGUACAUGUGUGCCUCAUGUCACGGUGGCAACGUGAUUGAUUGGCAAGGCCUGAAUUAUGUAGACAAUGGUUAUGUGGUGAUUAAGAACAAAAUGUGGUUUUGA